AUGUCGGAAACGCCAGCGGUAGGCCCAUGCGGGCUUGUGGCCGGGUGCGCUGGCGACAAGCAGGUGACUUUCAUCACCCAGGAGCAGCUGAACGGGCUUGGCUCCUUGCGCGACGUCGACUUGUUCGUGAAGCUGUCCGCCCUGCGGGUGGGCGGGAUCUGGUGCGAGGAUUGCCACCAGUUGCUUUUCAACGCCGCGUCCGGCAGCAAGCAGCAGCAGCAGCUGCAGCCUGAAAGCGGCCGGAAGCGAGACCACGCAGAGACGAUGACACACGAGCGGCCACAACCACAGCCCCUCGUCGCCCCGCCUGGAGACACCCGAGAGCCCGUAGGCCACGGACUCGCCGCCAUGCGGGGGAACACACCAUCGGACGCAGCAUCGACACCGCAGGCGGCGACGGCGUCAGCAGCAGCAGCAGCAGUAGCAGCCGCCGCGCCCGUCGAAGAGGCGGAUGGGUCCACGUAUUCCGAUUCCGCCCCGUACCCAUCCCCGCCGGCGGCGCCAGAGGUGAACUUGGCGGCGGCGCUGCCGCCGUCCAUAGAGAACGGCGCCGGCGGAGAAAGCGCCGGCGGGGCCACCGGGCAAGCUUUGAUGCCCCCAGCCCUCCCUGCAGGGACGGGGUCCACGACGCUGGUAUCCCCUGCUGCGGAGGGUGGGAACGAGGCAAGCGUCGCCCAGGCGGCGGCGGCGGCGGCGGCACCGUUGCCAGGCGCAAGCCAACCUGUGCCCUUGGCGGGCGUAGCAACAGCAACCCAGGCAGCGCUACCCCUAGCCGGGGCACCCUACGCCUUGCCUCUACACGGUGCGGCUCCGACGGGUCAGGCGGUGGCUUUGUACGGUGCGACCCCGGUGUCCGGUGUACCUCAGGCGGCGCUGUGGCCGCAGCAGGCGCUCCAGAUGGCGGCGAUGGAGGCGGCGACGUCGGCGAUGGAGGCGGCGAACCAGCUGCCCCCGCUCCAGCAGCACCAACCCCCCCCGCAGCUACAGGCCGCCUUGCAGCACCACUCCGCUCCGCAGCAGCAGCAGCACCUCGUCCAGCAGCAGCAGCAGCAGCAGCAGCAGCAGCAGGCGGGAGCAGGACUCCUCGGCGGGACCGUGAUCCGCGUCGGCCCGGCCGGGGCCCCCGCAGGUGGCCCCGCCGUAUCAAUGCACGAGACAGUCGUACCCCUCCAGGGGCAACAACAGCAGCACCACGAGACGGGGGUGAGCGUCGUCGCCCAGUCUGCGGUUGCCCACCCACCCGGGGGCCCCGGCGAGGGCGCACCUACCUCACCAACGGCGUCCAUCCACGGGGCCCCUGCUGCCGUGGGGCAGUUGCCCUACCCGGUGUGGAUGGGGCCGGUGCUGCCCCAGCAGCAGCAAGAUAGCCAAGGCGCGGGGGGCUCCGGUGUUUCGGCCCGCAGCCCCAAGUCGCGGUCGGGUGUCAUGGGAGGGAGGAAAGGAGUGGGUUUGGGUGGUGGCGGUGGGAUUGAUCUGAAUGGUCGGCUCUUGCAGCACCCCGCGUACGUGAUGCACGCGGGAGGGGCGCUGGAGUCGCUUGAGACGGCGGAGAGGCGCAGACAGGAAGAGUUGGUGCUGGAGGACUACGAUGAGUGCUGCGUCUCGGGCUGCGCCACCCGGCCGUCGUACGGCAUGGAGGGGGACAAGCGCCCUACGGCGUGCGUGGAUCACGCGGCAAUCGGCAUGGUCAUCGUCAAGCACAGCCGUAGCCGCUGCUGCGACUUCGAGGGCUGCCAGAAGUACCCCACCUUCAACAUCAAGGGCAAGAGGCGUGCGCGCCGGUGCAGCGAGCACGCAGUCGAGGGCAUGGUGGACGUGAAGGCGCCCUGCUGCGAGCACCCUGGCUGCUCGACGCUGCCGUACUACGGGGCCGGGGCGGAGAAGAAGCGGCGGCGGUGCGCCCAGCACAAGCUCCCGGGCAUGGUGGACAUCAAGUCACGCAGGUGCGAGUUCAGCGGCUGCCUCACCCAGCCGACGUACGGAGUACGCGGGGAACCGAAGGCGAGGCGGUGUGCCAAGCACAAGGUGCAGGGGAUGGUCAACAUCGUGCACCGGCACUGCGAGUUCCCAGGUUGCACGGUGCAGCCGUACUACGGGGUGGAGGGCUCCCGCGGGGGCACUCACUGCACGACGCACAAGCUCCCGGGCAUGGUGAAGACAAAGGGGCAGCGGUGCAGCUACCCCGGUUGCUCUACCCGUCCCAGCUACGGCAACGACGGCGACAAGAAGCCCAGCAUGUGCGGCAAGCACAAGAGCCUCGGGAUGGUGGACGUGAUCAACAGGCGGUGCGACGAGCCCGACUGCAACACGCAGCCGACCCACGCCGCCGAGGGGACGACCUUGGCCACGCGAUGCGCCGAGCACAAGCUCCCGGACAUGGUGAAUAUCAAGUCGCGCAGGUGCGGCUUCGAGGGGUGCAACACCCAACCGUACUACGGGAUGCCCGGGGACAAGAGGGGUUCCAGAUGCUCGAAGCACAGGGAGGAGGGCAUGGAGGACGUGCACAACAAGCGGUGCAAGUUCGAGGGGUGCAAUGUGUCGGCGUCUUUCGGGCCCAGGACUCGUGGGAUGGGGGCCACGCAUUGCGCCAAGCACAGGCUGCCGCAGAUGGCGCCGCUCUACCGUAGGAAGAGCAUGGGUAAGGGUUGAGAGGUUGCGUCAAGUCUGUGAUGUGAUGUGACGUGAUGUGGUUGGUGAAGACCGCGAUCACAGUGUUAUAUGUAUUGUCUGUCUGUCGUUGGAGCAUCAUGUGGUAUGGCUUUUGGCUCAAGGGUACAAAAGGAGAAAGAGAGCGAGAUAGAGAGAGCACGAAUUUUGUUUGAACGCUGUCUCCGUAGAUGUUCGGUGGCGAGGCUGUGACUGUGGUGUGUGUUUGUUCGUUCGUUCGUUCGUCCAUCCCACGCAUUGGCGCCAAUCGGUAAUUGUUUGACACCUGUGUCAGCCGGCUUCAAACUUGGAGGGAGGUAUCACCGUAGUGCUGGCUGUUGUGUUUCGUUGAGCAUAGAACAGCAAUCGUGUACACUAGUCAGAGACAUACAUCCCUGCGUGCGGGGAGGUUACCACACUACCAGGUUUUCGCGCGGCUACGGGUUUCGCUCUGUCUGGUACUAGAAUACUGCAAGGGGCGGCGAGAUGGCAUUCAUCUUGGACCGAGUUUCAAAGCUCAAUUGAUUGCUCCACAACCAACGGGGUGCAGGAACAGCCCGAUACGAAAGCCCUUGACGAGAUGUUUCGAAGGAACACAAUUUUUUUGUUGCCCCAACGAUCUUGGUUUCAAUCGAGCCUUGAAAAAGAUCGGUUUUGAGGGGGUGCCAUCCCUCCGCCUCGGAUGGUAGUUUAGACUACGGAAGGCUUGUCAAAUCCAACAGGCGGCCGCGAAACGACGCCGUAGGAUGUUUGUGUGCUCGAGAAGAGCGUUUCCGGUACGCACCAACCCGUGCGGUUUUCGCGGCUGCAGUGUAGGAGGACCUACAGCUUCCCUACAUUCCAGGAGAAGCUUGUGUGCGUGUGCCCGCGGGGAAAGUGAUGGAGGACGGGUGGGAGGGAAGACCAGAGAAAAACAGGAUCGUUCUGAGUCGCGGUAGGUGUGCGGUCUUUGGGUGAUGUCUGCACGGUUUUGAGUGAUUGCACUAUCACCCCUGUCGGACUCUCAAUGUUGCCUAACCCUCUGCGAGGGGUUUCGGUUGAAGCUAAUAGAGGCAUGCAUGGGAUAUUCAUGGAGGGAGUUACGCUCGUUCUGCUCGUUCGCUCCCUCGAAGGGCUAGACCUCAUUUUCGGCCUUCCCCUUUUCGGCCGUCUGGCCAAUGGUCUGGGCUCGGUUGGCGAGAGCGUGUUGUGUGGGGUCAGGAACUCGUGCCGUUGCAGCAUGUAUGUGCGUGCCCUCCGGCGUUAGUGUGGGAGUCUGCUUCUUCCAUCGUUUUCAUUGGUCCAUCAGAACGGACGGCGCCAAUCAUGCGCCUAUGCAUUAGAAAUGACGACCGUCCUCAUGCAGGUCACAAGCAAACAAAUUGCUUCGGCAUCGUGCCCUCAGGAAUGACCGGCAAGUCGGAUCGAUCGUAUUCCUUCUGGGCGAAUAAAUGUGUUUCUUUCGGAGGGACCGCGAUGUGUGUGCUCGUGGUUUUUCGCACGUGAUGACCGUGAUCUUGUCGGAUUUGGUUGGUAGAGGGCCACACUUUGCGUUGGUACUCUGCGCUUGAGCUGCUUCUUCGUGAUUUUGGGUUCGGCUGGUCAAGUCAUCGUGAUUUAUGUUUUGGUUUCGUCUGUCUCAGAUCACUCGCGCGGCAGUUAUCGAUGCUAUCGUGUGCACGUUCGUGUCAUGUGUGCCGCCAAUUCUAUGGGCCUGGUAAGAGUUGUUUUGAGCCCGGGGCCAUAGAUUGCCGCUUCAAAGGGUAACGGCCACAGUGAGGUGGUGUAUGUUAAUGUCAAAGCGUGUUGUCUCUAUGAACGGUGCUUCCUAGCUGUGAUUGCUCUCAGAAUCGACAUCUAUCUAUUUCGAGGGAAAGACACACGAUCGAUAGAGGCUCUUGUGCGAAACUUGUGGAAGGAUUUGUGCAAUAAUUGUAGAGAUGUUCACUAGCUUGGGUGUCGAUUCCCGAUCUUUUCAUUUCAUCCCUCCACACGAAGUCGCUAGAUACCUGUAGGUAAUUGGAAUAUUCCCCCGUCUCGGUUGCACAAUACAUGAGAUUCGAAUGAGGUAGACUCUUUGAGGUCUUUGUUUUCUUGUCGAGAACCGUUGUUGUAAGCUGUCAUGUAGCUUGAGCUGGGGGGGAUUCGUUCGUUUGCCUGGGAAGAGAACGCAGAUUACUCUUGUAGGACAACUAGACGUAUAGACUAUGCAUGGGUCAACGUGAUUUUUAGUUUUGAAGCAAACAUAUCCGUUGUUGGCGUGACCAGGGCGUGUCGACCACGAAGAGAAAAAUCAAUGGCGCCUA